GUAGAUGAUACGACAGCCACUUUGUGAGGGCUUAAAUAUAUUUUGGAAAUUUUCUUCGCGUAUAUUGCGUGCUGUUUCUUUUUAUCAUUAUCAACACCACAGAAAAUAUACAGAUUCGAGAAAUCAGUAGGAAUUAUAGCGAAUAGAUAUGGAACAAAACAGGUAUACUACCAUGGAAAUUACGUUUUUGAUAUUAGUGCUUUUUGUAUUACCUGGGAAUAGUCAAACGCCUUGUCCAACGGGUUGUGUGUGCCAAAGCCCCUUUACGGUUAGUUGUAGUGCAGGAUUCACGGCGUUUCCGUCACCACUAACCGAUACCAUCAAAUUGCUCUCAAUUAAUGGAAACUACAUGACACACAACAGUAUCCCUACCAUACAUCGGAGUGACUUUCAACCCAUGCCUGGACUAGUUUCGUUACAAAUGGCUUAUUGCGAAAUUAACACAAUCGCAGAUGACACAUUUUUAUCUCGGGCUUCGUUGACAUAUCUAGAUCUGUCAUAUAACAACAUUCCCCGAAUAACUGACAAGACAUUUUUGGGGCUAACAAAUCUGGUUUCCCUACAGAUCAGCGGGAAUCCGCAUUGUGAGCUGAGCGAAAAGACUUUUGAUAGUCUUUCGAAUCUGGAAGAACUCUAUAUUGCCGAAAUGGACUUGGAACGCCUUCUUCCUGUUAUGUUCACAAAUUUGAAACAUCUCAGACUUUUGGAUGUCCAUGGAAACAAAAUAUGGAAAAUUGAAUUUGAUUUUGGGGCUGUAUUCCCGAACUUACAACACUUGGAUUUAUCGAGAAACCUUCUAAAGGGACUGUCCAAACGGUACAACGACACGUUUUCACAUCUCACUACAGUCAAAAUGUCGGGAAAUCCACUCCAAUGUAAUUGCGAAUUACGAUGGUUAAAGCAUUCAACGAAAAAGGCUCUGGACCCUGAAUAUGCCAGUGACGCAUUAGUUUGCUACGGCCCAGAACGUCUGAAAUAUGCUCCGAUUUUGCGCGUUCCUGAUUUAGAGUUUAAGUGUGUUGCACCCCAAAUAGUCAAUUGUACAACUGAAACGUACGUUGUGAUGGAAACGUCAUCCCUUCGGAUGUGGUGUGAAUUGGGGGGAGAUCCAUAUCCGGAUGUGACCUGGACAAGAUAUGAUGGAAAGAAUGUAGAAUUCACUUACGAAAACACUUCAAACUACUAUGUUUCUAGAACAGGAUCCUUGGAUAUUUUCAACGUCUCACAGGCCGAUGACGGUACGUGGACACUCGGUGUCAGCAAUUCAAUCGGUCAGAAAAGUCAUCAACUGAAAAUAGUUGUUACCCCCAAAACAACCACCACCACAACAACGUCAACAACAACAACAACCACAACCACAACCACAACCUCGCCGACGACGACAACAACAACAUCGACAACAACGCCUACACCAACCACAUCGACAACAACGCCGACGGCGACAACGACAACAUCAACAACAACGCCGACAACAUCAACGCCGACAACAUCAACGCCGACAACAACCACAUCAACAACGCCGCCACAGACGACACCAACUACAAGUACUUUGAAAUCUACAACCGCAAAUACGAUAUUAAGCAGCAGCGAGUAUCAGUCAGCUAAUGGGGGUACGGUAACCCAUAAAGCCCCCGAUCAUGUAAACCCUAACCCGACUAACAUCCCACCAGAUGACAAUGACAAGACAGACGACGAUAGCGAUGAGGUCAAACCAACUAAUAGGGCAGACGAAGACGGUGGUGGAAUGAACAUGAUGAUGAUAGCAGGAGCUGGCGGAGGAGGUCUACUUCUGAUCGUCCUCAUCGCCGUCAUCGUCUACUGUGUGAAGAGGAAGAAGGGCAGUAACCGGGUGGAGGACAUCAGCAUCCGACAGGACAAUGACUUUGAUUCGGUAAGAUCUCCACGUCGUCACCGUGUUAAUGAUUUCUGAAGAAAACAAAUGACACUAGAGGAAGUAACAUAGGAGGAUGUUUCGUGUGCAGUGUUCGCAUCUAUUAUAAUUUCAUCUUGCUCGCCCUUGAUUUAGACGACAAAAUAGAUGUGGGCAAAAUAUGUUCAAAAUAUUAUGAUUGUGCAACAAUGGAAAACAUUGGGGAGACAGGAGGACUAACACAGUACGAGUGGUUUAAAUAUUGUAGUUUACAGUGUCUCUCGGUUAUUGUGAUUCUAUGUAGUCGCUACUUUUAUUUAAUGUGACUGUGAUAACAUUUAUACAGAAAUGAUUUUACCUUUGAACUGUUAAUUUUAUUUGAAUAAUCCGAUUCAGCAUAUAUAAGCGAAUUGAAGUAAUAUAGUUCCAUAAAUGAAUAUUAAUGUUUCAAUAUUGUGCUUCUAUCACACGUAAUUAAAAAAUGCAAAACAGGGGAAACGCGUUGGUAGCCAUUACGUCUACUAGGAACAUACUUAAUGUCAAUUAUAGAUAUCAACUUAAUCGAGAGUCGUAUCGAGAAGAUAAUUUUGUGUUGUAUUAUUUUACAACAGAGGUUAUUUUUUAUUACUAUUUAUUGCUAGUCUUUGUUGUUAUGCAAACAUCAAAGCAUGAGUUGUAUUGUAAAUGCUUGUAACUUUAACAAUAACGAGGAGAUAUGUAAGCUUCAAAAUCGAAUGACGCAUUAUAAAAUCUAUAAAACCUAACAAAUCAAGUUUUCUUGUUUGAAAUAAAGACCUCUGAACAAAACAUUAAAUAGGUCGAAUAGAUUUUUAUUCCGGCAUGAUGAAUAUUUGGAAGGUAUUUGGAAUUCACAGAAUAGUCCUAACAUAGUAAAUGUUCAACAUUCGCGAAUAAUAAACGCCACACUACAGCACUAGAUUUAUCUUGAUAUGGAUCGUAAAAGAUUUUAGUAUUAACUUUUUUUAAUCUAGUUUAUUACCGCGUCGGUAUUUAGGACGUUAGAUUAUAAUGGAAGAUUACAUUAACAUACAGUUUAAAAGAUGAAAUAAGUUAGUUUCUAGUACCUCUACUUCAUGUUGUGGUUUCAUAAAAUAAUCUAAACUUAUCCGAGAUGUUGGAUACAUAUAUAAUAUUAUAAUAUUCGCAUAGAAAUAAUGGAUAUAAGAAACUCCUGUUGGUGAAUUGAGUGAUUAUAGGAAUAAGACAAUGACUGGUUAUUUUUUUAAAUUCGUCUCAUUUUCAGGUCAGGCUUAUAGUGUUUUAGUUUUAUUACAUGUUUAGAAUAUUAAUUAAGUGUAAGGUGUGAUAUUGUAAUUAAAGCAUAUGCAUUCAUUUGAAGAGAAGAUAUGAUACAUAUGCUUCUUUUCGUUAAAAUUUGUUGAUUUGUAAUUGUUACUGAUGAUAUCUCUACAUUUCGUGUAAAUAGUACUUUGUUAUUUAUUUUUUUGUAUUUUUUUUUAAUAGAUUGAACCAUAUUUUCUUGUUAUUGAUUUUUCAUGUUAAAUAAUUCAUGCUUAACGUAUAUUUGCGGCGA